CUCAUUCCCAUCCCAUCCCCUCCUUGCAUUUAACCAAAGAAGAUGAACAUCAGUCGUCUUAGUGCCUGUCUGGACCGAUGCCUAUCAAAAUGGAUGAACUAGAUCGAGAACAAAUUUCAAUGUUGAAGCAAACGUUCGACGCUUUUGACGUGGACAAAAAGGGUUACAUCGGUACUGAGAUGAUCGGCACCAUCAUGGACAUGCUGGGAACUCAACUUAUGCCGGAUGAACUGGACAGAGUCAUAUCAGAAAUCGACGAGGACGACAAUGGGGAAGUCAAUUUUGAGGAAUUCGCCAAUUUGGCAGCCAGAUUUUUGGUGGAGGAGGACGAAGACACGGAAGCGAUACAAAUGGAGCUUAAGGGUGCCUUCCGAUUAUACGACCGUGAAGGAAACGGCUUUAUCACCAUUGAAGUGUUGAGGGAAAUUUUGAGGGAACUGGACGACAAAUUAAGUGAAGACGACCUGGACAAUAUGAUUGAUGAAAUCGACACGGAUGGCUCCGGUACAGUUGACUGGGAAGAAUUCCGUGCCGUUAUGAUUGGUUAAACCCCUAAUCCAAAUGCAUUUUACAAUUUUCACAUUAUCUAAUAAACAACCUUAGCAUUUA